AUGUAUCCCCCCCCUGCCUCAUGUACACAAACCAAGCCUUCUUUGAGAAUCAUAUCUUCUCCCCCUUUCUCACAUAGGCAUCUAACUCUCUCCCUCAUCCUGCAACAUACUCCCACUGGUCAGAUCAAAAUGGACAACAGAGACAAAGACAGCAUCAACAAGUUCGUCACCGAUUUCCUCGCCCAGUCCAGCAACCUCACCGGCGGCGCAAGAUGGUUCACGUACUUUGACACCCACCCCACAGAUCUAGAAACCGGAAACAGCGGCCUAUGGGACUUCAAGGAUGUAAGCCAUCGCUUCGAAAAGUUCAUAAGGGACGAGUACGGAACUCGUGGCACCGAGCUACGGAUAACUGGUGGUUGGAUCUACGCUUCAAGACGCAACCCGGACGUACCAUUCCGCUACAGGAUUGCCUCUCGAGAAUAUCACUCCCUGUCUCCCAUCUUCAUCACCGGCGACGGGAAGCCCAACGCCGAGAACCAGACUAUUAUCUCGAGAGGGGGGGCCUAUGAUCUCCCGAGGGAGGACUAUCAUCCAGAGAGGGAGUCUAUACCAGAGAGACCCAAAAAGUACGACUUUGCUGUUUGGGGCAGGUUGGUCCGACGAGCUGGGGAAAACGAGAUACUGAUCAAACGGGAGACGUACCAAACUGGGGAAGACAAGCGAGUGAAACGCGAGAGUGAUGAUGAUGAUGAUGAUGAUGAUGAUGAUGGUUCUGCUCUCAACUUGUGGAAAUGGGAAGCGUUCAAGUCCUGGGAGUAUGACAUGACCGACGAGAAGUUGGGGGUCAGGCUCGAUGAUGAAGAUUACCUGUUUCGAAGAAGAUGGCCUCAAGGGAAGGAACACUAG